CCGGAAGUGGCAGAGCCAACGGCCCGACAGAUCCUUGGCGGUUCUGCCGCCCGCGGUGCUCUCCGAGAUCCAGCGUUUGUCGGUGAAGCAGAGCCCGUCGGCGUCAAGGUUGUCGCGUAGGAGAUAAAGUCUGAGGAGCUGGCAGGGGAACUGUCUUCCUCUUGUCCAAGAUGUACAGAACCAAAGUGGGCUUGAAGGACCGCCAGCAGCUCUACAAGCUGAUCAUCAGCCAGCUGCUCUAUGACGGCUACAUCAGCAUUGCUAAUGGCCUCAUCAAUGAAAUCAAGCCUCAGUCUGUCUGUGCGCCCUCGGAGCAACUCCUGCAUCUCAUCAAACUAGGAAUGGAAAAUGAUGAUACUGCAGUUCAGUAUGCAAUUGGUCGUUCAGAUACAGUUGCUCCUGGCACAGGAAUUGACCUGGAAUUUGAUGCAGAUGUCCAGACUAUGUCCCCAGAGGCUUCGGAGUAUGAAACAUGCUAUGUCACAUCCCAUAAAGGACCAUGCCGUGUAGCUACCUACAGUAGAGAUGGACAGUUAAUAGCUACCGGAUCGGCUGACGCUUCCAUAAAGAUACUGGAUACAGAAAGAAUGCUGGCCAAGAGCGCCAUGCCGAUAGAGGUUAUGAUGAAUGAGACUGCACAGCAGAAUAUGGAAAACCACCCAGUGAUCAGAACUCUGUAUGACCACGUGGAUGAAGUCACAUGUCUCGCCUUCCACCCAACAGAACAGAUCCUUGCCUCUGGUUCAAGGGAUUAUACUCUUAAAUUAUUUGAUUAUUCCAAACCUUCUGCAAAAAGAGCCUUCAAAUACAUUCAGGAAGCUGAGAUGUUGCGGUCCAUCUCUUUUCAUCCUUCCGGAGACUUUAUACUUGUGGGGACUCAGCAUCCUACCCUUCGGCUUUAUGAUAUCAACACGUUUCAAUGUUUUGUCUCUUGCAAUCCUCAAGAUCAACACACCGAUGCUAUAUGUUCCGUUAAUUAUAAUCCUAGUGCCAAUAUGUAUGUAACUGGUAGCAAGGACGGCUGCAUCAAAUUAUGGGAUGGUGUUUCAAAUCGAUGCAUCACAACUUUUGAGAAAGCACAUGACGGUGCUGAAGUUUGUUCUGCCAUUUUUUCCAAAAAUUCUAAAUACAUUCUCUCAAGUGGAAAAGACUCUGUAGCUAAACUUUGGGAGAUAUCUACGGGACGGACGCUGGUCAGAUACACAGGUGCUGGCUUGAGCGGGAGGCAGGUGCACCGGACGCAGGCCGUCUUCAACCACACCGAGGACUAUGUGCUGCUGCCGGACGAAAGGACCAUCAGCCUCUGCUGCUGGGACUCAAGGACAGCAGAGCGCCGAAACCUGCUCUCUCUGGGCCACAACAACAUCGUGCGCUGUAUAGUGCACUCGCCCACCAACCCCGGCUUCAUGACGUGCAGUGAUGACUUCAGGGCGCGGUUUUGGUACCGGAGAUCCACCACAGACUAGAGCCGUCUUCCUUGGGGUUCUCUCCUGAGGACCCUGGCCCCCUCCCCGUGGUCCCAUCACCAGCAUCAGCAGCAAGUCUGUGCCCUCUUUGGCAGUCGGACUGCCAUCUCUACGUCCUUCUUGGAUUUGUACAGAAGAACCUUUUUUUACCUUGAUGUAGAAUCAUGGUGGAAAAAGUCGGGAGUCACAGAUCUGUGCGGUUCUGCAUUCGCUGAUUGUUACAGUGUGAUUUUCAUUGGUUUUGUAGAUAUAGGACUUGCCAUUUCUCUUGAAUCUUGAUCAUUUGAAGAAAGAUCGAGCAUUAAAGUGCUUUCUAGAUCUCACAUGGAUCUGUCAUGAGGAAUUUUCAUUUGUUUUUUGUCAACUUUUGUGCCCUUUUUGCAUCCUCUGUUUAUUUUCUUUCAAAAUACAUUUUAGUGGGUAAGUAGGCAUACAGCUCUGAGAACCAAGAGUUUGUGCCAUGUUAAAACUAUUUGAGUGAGUCUACCAAUUCUAUCCUAAAGACCUCAUUCUGAUGCUAAAGCUCAGAUCUGCAACAUUAGUGUUAGAUAUUUUUCACCUCAGUAAAAUUAGUAACUAGUUUUUCCUCAUGAUUUAUAGAUCCGUCGUCAGACCUCCCACUUCCCUUCAUUACCUGCAGUGCUUACCUUCAAUGAGUGUAUUUCUGAUAAGAUACCAUUUGGGUAAGAAUCAUGAUGGGAAGCAUAAUUGAAAACAUCCAAUCUAAUCAAAAUUAGGUGAGCCCACCACUGCUCUCAGUUAAUUGCUUAUCUUCAAAAUGAUUAAUAUCAAUUGACUUCGUUCCUAGGUAAAGUAUUUUAAAUGUUUUCCAGUUCCCCACAACAUGAACUGAAACCAUUCAUCACGACUGCAUAUGGCAGCUAUGUUCUCAGAUUUUUGCAGCUAACCAACUAAUACAAGUUGGUUUUUUUCUUGAAGUUUUUUAGGUGAGAAUAUUUCUCUAAUUGAGCUCUAGAUAGGUCAGAGAACCCUGAGCUCUCCUCACAAAGAUAGACUUUGGCUUAUAUUUAUCCCCAAACACAAAUAUGAUCUGGGUAGAAGUACCUAGAAAUGUAAUAAGAUCAUUUGAAAAAGUGUGGAACAGAUUAAAGUUGUUACAUGUUACAGAUUGUUAUAUGUUACAGGAGCCUUUAAGUCUUCUGCAGUUUAUUACAUAAAGAUUCUGCCUUAGUCAUAAUCCUUAGGGAGUAUUUUAACUCUUCGGUCUAUGAAACCAUUUUAAACAUUCUAAUGUGUUAAAUCAGAGUUUUAAUUCAGAUUUCCAGAGAGUUAUACUUACUAGUCUAUAGAGAGUUUAAAUUAUUUUAUUUUGUGGUCUGGUUUGCCAGUUUUUGAGCUUGGCCAUCUGCGAGUGGUCCUUUUGCAAGAUUAAAAGAUACCAACUGAAUGGGAACAAGGAUAACCAGUUCUACCAAAACAGUUACCAACUGGAACUCCCCACAUCUUCUGACUUUUCUUUUGCUUGUAACCUCUGCAACUGUAAAGCAGAGAUUUGACAUUUUUAUAUGCUUCCUCUCUGGCACAUGCACUGGAAUGACCACACUCUACCCUAAUAUGUUCCACUGUAUCUUUUUAACUGUUGAUGAUUUUUUUUAAUCCCAUUUUUUCCAGUUAUAGAAACAGUGUCAUCAAUAUAUCUGUAGUUUAAGGACUUCUGUUUACAAGAUCAAGGUACUUUUGUGGGUUUCCAAAACAGACUUUUUGUUUCAUUUCUUUUUCUUUUAAAAAUCAUACCGUUUUGACCUUGGUGGUAUGCCAGGAAUAGUUCAUGGAUUUGGUGCCCACACAUUAACUGUACCACAUAACACUCUGCAAUUCAAAUGGUGAAUUCAAGGUGGGAUAAGAACUUAUACCUUCUGUGUUAUUUUUGUAAGUAUGUAAUUGCUAAAAUAAACUUUUUGUAUAUAA